CUCAAGGUCGCUUGGAAACAGAAGCCAGCCAAAUUCGAUUAGGCGAUAGCUUAUAGUAACGCUGCGCGUGCUUUCGAUGAAACCUUGAGGUGUUUUCAUGGAGAAUCGUCUUUUCGACUGAUUAUACUGUGGAUCUGCCAAUGUCUUAUGGUAAAUCAGUGAAAUGUUUCGACAUAUAGGUCGUUCGUGUCUAAAAUCUGUUCAGAGAUGUAUAAGUUGGGCGGAUUCAGAUUCCAGUAAAAUGUACGAGGUUCUACUCAAAAAGUCGUAUUUGCUACCAGAAGAUGGCCAUGAUGUCCUGAUUGUUCAACCACGUCAUGGGUGCUCAUACCAGGUGUAUUUAAGAGCAGUGAAUAGAAAUUUCUUGAUUCAAGUUCCAUACUUGAUGCCUAUCAGUGGGACAUGUGGCAAACGUAAUCAUGACCACUUUAUGAGAUUGAGCUCUACAAUUUUGAGCACAUCAUGUUUAUUUUCUUGUUAUCAAUCUCUAGGAUAUCAUCAAGAUAAUCAUAGUUUGAAGUCUGCAGAGAACAUCAGUAAAAACUCAACCACGUGCAAAUAUGGCCCUGAUGUAGAAGAAGCUGUUGCCCUUGUUGAUUCACUAGAAUUUUGGACUACUGUUGAUGUGGUCUUUUGUAAUGUAAAAGGUCCUUACAAUAAUACACGGACAUUUUUCAGUAAAGGUGUUUGGGAGAAUGUAUCCAAGACUGUAAUUGAGUAUCGCGAUGGUGAAAAGUCUAUUGAGAAGCCUAAUGAACUUCCAACACAAGAAAAAAUUGCAUCCAGUAAUGAAGCGGUGAAAAAACGUGCAACGGCAGUUCUCAUAAAUUGGUCCCGUUUGACGACUUCUCAACUUGCAUUUAUGCAACAUGCUUGGUUAAUGCCUGUCUAUGAUCGUUACACACUAGUUGUCCAACUUUUUAAUCUUCGAUCUCGAACUCAAGAGGCAAAAGUUCAAGCGAAAUUAGCUGAAAUUGGACUACUUCGAGCUCGUAUUCCAGCAUUCUUUGAAAUACCAGAUAUGAUUAAGAUUUUAGUCGAUAGAUCUGAUUUCGCUUGCAAAGAACGCUUAGUUCAAAUACUUAAUGAGAGGGAAACGCACCUUUUAAAUCAGUUGGAUAAAAUUUCAAGGCAACGUAGCAUCCACAAGCGUAAUCAUCGACGAGAUAUGGAUAAACAUCAUUUACCGCUCGUUGCAGUUGUGGGUUAUACUAAUGCUGGAAAGACUAGUCUCAUACGUUACUUAAGCAAAUCAGAUAAAUUGACUUCUUGUCCAAAAGUGUUUGCUACUUUGGAUGUUACACAUCACAGAACUCGGUUACCUAUACUACCGACUGCAUCAGAUGAUAACACAGGCGAUGCUGAUCAAUGUACUAGUAGUGUCGGAUUGCCUGGUAUGCAUAUGCUGCUACUGGACACAAUAGGAUUUAUGUCUGACCUGCCGACUAACUUAUUAGCUGCUUUUCGAGCCACUUUGAACGAAUGUUUAGAGGCGGAUUUAAUUCUGCAUGUCGUUGAUGUUAGUCAACCUGGGUGGAAUUUACAAAACGAUCAUGUGGAGAAGCUUUUGGGUGACAUCGGUGUUUUUGUUGAGGGACCCCAAAAUUCCAAGAAUAUGACCGAUGAUGGGGUAUCUGGAAGACCUCCUGAAGUGUUAAAAGUUGGAAACAAAAUAGAUCGAAUUGAAUCAGACUUUAUGUACACUGGAUUUGAUGCCUUGGUGUCUACCAAAAGUGGGGCCGGUAUGAUGGAGCUCACUUCGAAAAUUCAACUUUCGUUAAUGAGACGUCUUGGAUGGUUUUCUCGGACUCUAGAUAUUAGUCAAGGCAGUUCUAGUCUUCAAUGGAUAUAUUCUAAUGCCAUGGUUACGAACGUGCAUGCAUCCCCGACCAACACAGAAAGACUAAGAGUAACCGCAAUAUUUACUCCUGUUAAUUGGAUUAAUUUUCGUAAAAUGUUUCAAACAAAAUCCCCCUAGUGUUCUAUAACACUAUAGCUUUGGUUGCCAGUGUUACCUCACAGAAUAUUCAUCCAGUUGCAUCACCACUCAAAAAUGGAUCGCUCUAAAUUCAGAACUCCCAUCUUCACUAGAUGACUUCAUUUCAUAUCCCCUUGUAAUAUAUAUAUAUAUAUAAUAUAUAAUUUGAAGAUAUUUUUUCUUAGCAUUCUUGUAUCAUUUUGUAUGCAUUCAAGUUAGAUAAGUUUAUUGAUUCACAAAUUUAUUUCUAAACUAUAUAAAUUACAUUGGAA